CCUUCCAUGGUUACUUCUUUCUCUUUCCUACUCAGACUGAUCGGAAUCGGAUACCCAGUUAAACGAUCUCUCACAAGUUACAAACCAUUUACGUCAACCGUUGUCUUCUUCUUCUUCCUCUCCCAACUGUCCCUUUCUUCUUCUUCUUCCUCUCUCUCUAUAUCUAUCUGUAUAUAUAUAUAUAUAUAUAUAUAUCAUGCUCUUCAACUCCUCCUGUUUACAUAGCUUUCCUUUUCUAUUGUCCUUCAAUAGUUGUAGUUGACUGGACUUGUUAAAAGAUGACCAUUGCGAUUAUCAGAGAGCAGGAUAUGGAAAACCCACCUUUGCUUCUCGAAUCAGAUUACUGUUCAGGACCUCGUAGAAUAGCUCUGUUCGUUGAGCCUUCACCCUUUUCUUAUGUCUCUGGAUACAAAAAUCGGUUUCAGAAUUUCAUUAAAUACCUUAGAGAAAUGGGAGAUGAGGUUCUUGUAGUGACAACACAUGAAGGUGUGCCAAGUGAAUUUUACGGAGCAAAAUUAGUUGGAUCGCGAAGCUUCCCUUUUCCUUGGUACCAAAAGGUUCCACUCUCCCUAGCAUUAAGCCCAAGGAUAAUUUCAGAAGUUGCACAGUUUAAACCUGAUAUUGUUCAUGUCACUUCCCCUGGUGUUAUGGCAUUUGGUGCUCUCACUAUUGCGAAGCUAUUGGCUGUUCCUCUAGUGAUGUCUUAUCAUACACAUGUGCCAGUUUAUAUACCAAGAUACACAUUUAGUUGGCUAGUCAAACCAAUGUGGAUGGUUAUAAAAUUUCUUCAUCAGGCUGCAGAUCUCACGCUGGUGCCAUCAGCUGCCUUGGCUAAGGAACUUGAAGCUGCUAAAGUGACAGAUGCUGACAAGAUCCGGCUGUGGAAUAAGGGUGUUGAUUCAGAUAGUUUCCAUCCGCGUUUUUACUCUCAUGAGAUGCGGUUAAGGCUGAGCAAUGGUGAGCCUGAUAGACCUUUGAUAGUACAUGUUGGACGACUUGGAGUGGAAAAGAGUUUGGAGUUACUAAAAAGGAUAAUGGACCAGCUACCCGAGGCACGGAUUGCUAUCAUUGGAGACGGUCCAUACAGGGAGGAGCUAGAAAAGUUGUUAGUUGGUUUGCCAGCAGUUUUCACAGGCAUGUUAGGAGGAGAAGAGCUCUCCCAAGCAUACGCAAGUGGUGACAUUUUCGUGAUGCCAUCCGAAUCAGAAACACUAGGCCAAGUCGUUUUGGAAGCAAUGGCCUCCGGCCUUCCAGUUGUGGCUGCACGUGCAGGGGGUAUCAUGGACAUCAUUCCAGAAGAUCAGGAGGGCAAGACGGGGUUUUGCUUCAGACCUUCUGAUGUAGAUGACUGUGUACAGAAACUGAAGUCGCUCUUGGACAGUUAUGAACUUAGAGAAACUAUAGGAAAAUCUGCACGCGAAGAAAUGGAGAAAUACGACUGGCGAGAAGCCACCAAAACUAUAAGAAACGAGAAUUACAAUGAUGCUAUCAGGUUCUGGAGGAAGAACAGAGCGAUUCUUCUCAGACCUAUCCAGUGGCUGUUCAAACGCAUUUACCAAACGCCGGAAGAGCAGGAUUACAAGUAGAAACUAUACUAUAAAAUGGCUUGAGACGCCCUCUCUGGCUUCAAAGAUGGGGCAUUUUGCUUAGAUAUAUGUAGUGGCUAUUUGUAUAAUAUAUUCAAGUGGAACAAAUUAGAGGUUCAGUUAUGAUUUUUAGGCAUUGUUUUAUCUUAUUCUUUUGCGGUUUGUUAUGUUUUCUUGGUGUGGCUUACGAGCUGGAAUAGUUCGAGAAUGACGAAAGUUUAUCAAAAUGUGUCUAUUUAUCA